AUGUGCUCAUGGAGUAGCGGAAGCAGAGGAAAAAAGUUAGUUUCCCUGGCUACUAUUUCUAAAGUUAAUACAGUGAAUUCAGAGGAAGAGCCUUGCUUAACUGCUCAGAAUUAUUAUUGUGAUGAAGAUGUACUACAGGAUGUACAGAUGGAAGAAUUCAUACCAAUUACCAAGAGUUGCGUAAUUGAUAAUGGAUCGAUGACUAUUCGAUACAUGGAUUCAGCUGAUACUGUUGUGGAUGGUCAGGCAAAUGUGGAAGUGGAAGAAAAAAAUAUUCAAAAUAUGGAAGACGAUAGUCGUGGGGAUGAGAAUAGAAGGGAACCUAUGAAAAAUGAUGCAAAUCAAAUAAUAGAAGAAACAGAGAUUGUAGAAGAGGAGAAUGAAACUAAAGGGUAUGAGGAAGCAGAUCCAUAUGAAACAGUUGAAGGCCACACAAAAAAAGGCGAAGAAAGAAAAAGAAAAAAAUACAAACUGUCCAAGGAAGUGAGAGCUGAAACUAAGAAAAACAAGGUAAUCUCGCUUCAUAAGGUCAGAGAAGGCUGUAUAAACUGUAAGCUCAAAUGUCGGACAUUCUUUACCGAGGAGGAGAGAAACACCACAAACCACGAAUUUUGGAAGUUGGACUGGAAGGGAAAACGAACAUUUGUGAUGAACUCGACAGAGAAUAGAACACCAAAGAGAAAAGUAGAAGGUUCAAAGAAAAACAAGACAUUCACAUAUUUUCUGAAAGAUUCUAGUGGUACAACAAGACGUGUCUGUAAAAUAUUUUUCCUAACAACAUUGGGAUAUAAAAAAACGAAUGACUGGAUAAUCCAUUCGGUGUGGGCAAAUGCUAAUAGCAAAAAUCAGUUACAAAAUGAUUUAGACCGCCGAGGUAGGCAUCCUCCUCCAAACAAGUUGUCUAAUAAGAUUAUAGAAAGCCAUAUUGACUCAUUUAAUCCAUCUGUAUCUCACUAUAGAAGAGUCCAUGCUCCUAAUCGUCUAUAUUUGCCGAGUGACUUGAAUGUCACCCUUAUGUUUGAAGACUAUAAAAAAAGAUAUCCCGAUUACAUUUGCUCCUAUGAAAAAUAUAGAAAAAUCCUCAAGGCGAAAAAUAUAUCGUUCGCAAAAUUAGGAAAUGAGGAAUGUGAACUCUGUGAGUCGUACCAUAUGCAUAAUUCCGAACAUAAAGCUGAGUCCUUAAGUGAUGAUUGCGAGAUGCCACCGAAACACAAAAAGUGGAACCCAAAUGACAUGAUAAAGGCCAUCGAAGCUGUAAAGAAUAAGGAGAUGGGUUAUUUGAAAGCCGCAAAAGUUUUUGGAGUACCUAAAGGGACCGUAGAAAGAUAUGUUAGAUCCGUUCUUUUAGUAUUAGAUGGUCAUUAUUCUCACACAAGGAACAUUGACCUGUUAGAUUUAGCAAAACAAAAUACUGUUUCCCCAUAUGCAAUUUCUAGCAUUUUUUGCAAAGCUUACAAUCGAGCUGCUACAAUGGAAACCUCUUGUAAUGGAUUUCGGAAAACAGGACUGGUGCCUAUCAACAGAAAUAUUUUUAGAGAUUCCGAUUUUAGCGUUCAUUGGGUGGAAGAUCGGAUUGACACCGUAGAUCCCUGUGAAGUAGACCAUCAAGGUGAUGAUACAGCACAGCAAAUACAUGAGAAUGCGGCUACUUCUGCUGAUUUCACAGGUGAUAAUCUAGUGAAUCAAGAUGCAAGUACUUCUAUCGCAAACGAAAUUGCAAGCAUCACUAAUUUCGUAGACACUGUAGAAUUUAGAGUGCAACAACGAACACCUAGCCCGAAUUUAGAACAACAAAUACAAUUUAAAUUAGUCUCUCCAACCGAUAUUUGUCCUUUGCCCUCAUAUAAAAAACAAAAUACAGUGAGCAGAAGAUCAGGAAAGGCAGUAGUCAUUACUCACACGCCAUAUAAGAUAGAGUUGCAGGCAAGCUUAGAGAAAAGACAGAUGAAAGCAAUUCCCAAAAAAAAAUUGGAUGCUAAUUUAAACCAAAAUAGCAUAUCCACACAAAAUCAACCCUCCACAUCUGGAGCUAAUAGGUCAAUCAACCAGAACCAGCCGUCUACAUCUAGUGCUAAAAGGUCCAAAAGGAUUCGGAUACCUUCCCACUCCAAUUCAAGUUCAGAAUCUAGCGGAAGCCUUAAGUUGGAUGAUUUAUCCUCAGACGAAAGCGGUGGAAGCGAUGCUGAAUGCUUAUUUUGUACGGGUCGAUUUUCUGAAGAUAAGAAGGGCGAAAAAUGGGCCUAAUGCAGCCAUUGUAGUAGAUGGGCACAUGAAGAUUGUGGAGAGAUUGCCAAUAAAAUUUUCAUUUGCACUUUCUGUGAAGGGAAGGGGUUUUUCGAAUAGUAUCUUAAAUAAGGGUACCUAUCUCAAAUUUGGAUAACUAUCUAUCUCAAAUUAGGGAACCAGCUGUAAAUCUACAAAAAUGUUUACUUUUAUUUAAAUACACUUUUCGCCUGUAAAAGAAAACAUUUAUAGUUAUUUUUUUUAGUUUAGAGUAUGCUAGGAGCAUAAAAUCGCAAGUUUAUUUAAAUAUAUAACCUUGUUUAAAACAAAAAGUAUUUUAUUUUCCCUUCACAAAAAAAGUAUCUCAAAUUUGGUUCCUCUCCUCUAAUGUUACUGCUAAAAU